CGCAUGCGCGCUAAAAUCCGUACAUGCGCAGUACUCGCGCAGCCACCGCGGUCGCUGUCUUGGGCGGUGGUUGUAUCUCAGCUGCCGUGGUACGGACGCGCUUGGCUAUGGCGGAGGGUACCGGGGAAACAGUCGCAGUGCCGGCCGCCGGGGCUGCCAACGGCUUCAACAAUGGGACAGGCGGGACCUCGACGCCGUCCAACAACCCGCUGUCCCGCAAGCUGCAUAAGAUCCUGGAGACGAGGCUGGACAACGACAAGGAAAUAUUGGAAGCUCUCAAAGCACUUUCAACCUUUUUUGUUGAAAAUAGUUUGCGGACUCGAAGAAAUUUACGUGGAGAUAUUGAACGUAGAAGUUUAGCCAUCAAUGAAGAAUUUGUAGGCAUUUUUAAGGAAGUAAAGGAGGAACUUAAAAGUAUAAGUGAAGAUGUUCAAGCAAUGAGCAACUGUUGUCAAGAUAUGACAAAUCGGCUACAGGCAGCAAAGGAACAGACUCAAGAUUUAAUAGUAAAAACCAAUAAGCUUCAAUCAGAAAGCCAAAGAGUAGAGAUAAGAGCACAAGUUGCAGAUGCCUUCUUAUCCAAGUUCCAGCUGACGUCUGAUGAAAUGGGUCUUCUUCGAGGUGCUAAAGAAGGACCUAUUACUGAGGAUUUUUUCAAGGCACUGGGAAGAGUAAAACAGAUUCAUAACGAUGUCAAAGUUCUCUUGCGUACAAAUCAACAAACAGCUGGGUUAGAAAUUAUGGAACAGAUGGCUUUGCUUCAAGAAACAGCUUAUGAAAGACUAUACCGAUGGGCUCAAAGUGAAUGCAGAACAUUGACACAAGAAUCAUGCGAUAUAUCUCCAGCAUUAACUCAGGCAAUGGUAGCCCUGCAGGAUAGACCUGUCUUAUAUAAAUAUACUUUAGAUGAAUUUGGAACAGCCAGAAGAAGUACAGUUGUUCGUGGAUUUAUCGAUGCUCUUACAAGAGGGGGUCCAGGAGGUACGCCCAGGCCCAUUGAAAUGCACUCUCACGACCCUUUGAGGUAUGUGGGAGAUAUGUUGGCUUGGCUCCAUCAGGCUACAGCUUCUGAAAAGGAACAUCUUGAAGCUCUCCUAAAAUAUGUUACUGCACAAGGUGUUGAAGAAAGUAUUCAAGAAGUUGUUGGGCAUAUUACCGAGGGAGUUUGCAGGCCUCUAAAGGUUCGCAUUGAACAAGUAAUAGUUGCUGAACCUGGAGCAGUUUUAUUAUAUAAAAUUUCUAAUCUUCUCAAAUUUUAUCACCAUACAGUCAGUGGCAUUGUUGGAAAUAGUGCAACCACAUUGUUGACCACUGUCGAAGAAAUGCAUCUGCUAAGCAAAAAAAUAUUCUUCAAUAGCUUGACUCUUCAUACAAGUAAAUUAAUGGACAAGGUUGAACUCCCACCACCUGAUCUUGGGCCGAGUUCUGCACUAAAUCAGACACUUACGUUGCUGCGUGAAGUUUUGGCAUCUCAUGAUUCCUCAGUUGUACCAUUAGAUGCUCGUCAAGCUGAUUUUGUGCAGGUUUUGUCAUGUGUCUUGGAUCCUCUUCUCCAGAUGUGUACUGUAUCAGCCAGCAAUUUAGGCACAGCUGACAUGGCCACAUUCAUGGUCAAUUCCCUAUAUAUGAUGAAGACAACGCUAGCUCUAUUUGAAUUCACUGACAGGCGUCUGGAAAUGCUACAAUUUCAGAUUGAAGCACAUUUGGACACCCUUAUAAAUGAGCAGGCAUCUUAUGUUUUAAGUAGGAUAGGCUUGAGUUAUAUCUAUACGACUGUACAGCAACAUAAACCUGAACAGGGUGCCUUAGCUAAUAUGCCCAACCUAGAUUCUGUGGCACUGAAGGCUGCAAUGGUUCAGUUUGAUCGUUACCUGUCAGCCCCAGACAACAUGUUAAUGCCACAGCUAAACUUUCUUCUAAGUGCCACAGUGAAAGAGCAGAUUGUACGACAGUCUACGGAAUUAGUCUGCAGAGCCUAUGGUGAAGUGUAUGCAGCUGUGAUGAAUCCAAUUAACGAAUACAAAGAUCCAGAGAAUAUUCUACAUCGAUCGCCACACCAAGUGCAGACACUUCUCUCUUAAUUAUCUUACUUGAUUUUGUUAGCAAAUAUUGCAUCUCUCAAACACUGAAGAUUGUUUAGUUUUUUAGUUUAUUAAUCUUUACUUUGGAUAUAAUAGUUACAGUUUAUGUCAUAACAUUGUAGUCCCAGUGAUUUAUUUUGGUCUCGGUAACAUGGAAGUAAAAGUAACAUGUUAAACUGAGAGAGUAAGGCUCUGUAUCUUUUCUCUGUAUAGAGAUGUUCUGUUCUUUUCUAGCUGCCUCUGCAGCUUUGUAGUUUUUCCUCUAUUCUGGAAUCAAACAGUAGUAUGAAAGGUCCGAGGGAUUCUUUUUUAAAACUAAAAAAUUUUAAUUAAUUUCUCUAAAUUAAUAACAUGUAAAAAUUUGUCUGGACUUAAUGCCACAUAAUUAAGAAGAGGAUAUGAGUUAAUAAAUGUCUCUACUAAAGAUUCAUUUGCUUUCUUAUUAAUGUAAGAAGGCAUACUUGGUAGCUUUUUGGACCUUGCCUGUGUCAUGGCCCUUAGAGAGUUGUUAGAGUGUCAGAUUAUGCUGUUGGUUGUACUUAUCACCAAAUCUCCUUUCUGCUUUUCUCUAGCACUCUGUAUAUAAUUGCGUACACAUAUUUGUAUGCAACUUUAAAUAUACAUUCAUCAAAGAAGGGGAAAAAAGAGAAAGAAAUUACUUAAGUAGGAUAGAUUCUACUCUCUGGGUAUCCUGGAAGGAAUUCAGGAGGCAGCUCAGUAGUUGCAAUGAGCUUAGGCAGAUUGGCAUCCAGAACUGCAUCUAAGUCUAUUGUUUAAAAAUAGAUUUUGUCAUACAAUAUGGACCCUAAUCUGACAAACCACAAAUUUUGUCUUGUGCUCAACCCAAAGAAAUAAUGAUCUACUAACAAUGGAGGACACACUGCCAGAUAAAGUGGCCAACUAGCAGUGUGCCUCACUCCACAGUGGCUUUUUAGAAAGUAUGGAUUGGGCUCUGACUUUACAGCUUUAGCUGUGGGGAAGAUUCAAAAUCACUGUUUUUGUUUGUUUUUUUAAUUUGAGACAGAGUCUCACUCUGUUGCUCUGGGUAGAGUGCUAUAGAGUCAUAGCUCACAGCAACCUCAAGCUUUGGGCUCAAGCCAUCCUCCUGCUUCAGCUUCUUGAGUGGCUGGGACUACGGGUGCCUGUCAUAGUGCCCUGCUAUUUUUAGCAGAGAUGGGGUCUUGCUCUUGCUGAUGCUGGUCUGGAACUCCUCAGCUUAAGCAAUCCACCUGCCUCGGCCUCCCAGAGUGCCAGGAUUACAGGUGUGAGCCACGAUGCCUGAGUAAAUCACUGUUUUUUAAAAUAAAAAAUCUGUAUGCACUUGAUGUGACUUUACUGUGUUACUAAGAUUUCCAGGAUAGUUUAUAUUAGCAAAAAAAUUUUGAUUUUGGUAAAUCUAUAGAAAGGGAUAAGUCCCUAAAUUAUAAAAAAGAAAACUUAGGAACAAGGGGAAAAAAUUGACUAGUUUGAAAUACUUUGAAAAGUAAUAACAUAAAAUUAGGGUGUUUAUAGUAGGUUAUAUAGUAUAUAACAAAUUAGUAUUUAUAGAGCAUGAUCUGUUCAUCUGUCUGAAGUUUAUAAUUGUUUAUAAUGAAUGUGAGUCUUUGGAGCAAGCCUGAUGCUAUAUCAUCUAUUUUGGUAUUAAAAAAACCCCUGUAUUUUUAGCCUUUUUCUUAGAAAAUAAAGUAUAAUUCAAAAGCUUAAAUAUUACAUAGUUUAUUUCUACUAUGAAAAAAAAUUGAUACCUUUCAAUUAGUGAAUUUGUUUUUGAAGGAAGAAUGUAUUUUGAUUUUCACUUGAUUUUUGCAAAUAAAUAUUAAACUAUUUUUAAGAUA